UCAGUCAAAUAAGACCUGAGCCAGGACGAGGCUGUUCCCUUAAUGCCUACAACAUUUUCUAGUCUAUUGAGGAGAAUAACAUGAUCAAUGGUAUCAAAAGCUGCUAAAGGUCAAGCAGCACAAGCAAGGAUACACAACCCUGAUCAGAGGCCAGUACUAAGUCAUUUACCACUUUAACUAGCGCUGUCUCUGUGCUAUGACGAGGCCUAAGGUGCUCAGCUGACUUCAUUUUAUUCCCGCACAAUGAGGCUGAGCCUAGACCUGACCAGCUGAUGCAACCCCAGAUCAUAACACUGCCCCCAGAGGCUUGUAUAGUAGGCACUAUGCAUGAGGGAUGAAUCACUUUGUGCAUUUCCUUUCUUACCCUGACAUGCCCAUUGCUUUGGAAUAAGGUAAAUCUGAUUUUAUCAGACCACAUGACCUUUUACCAUUGCUCCACAGUCCAGUCUUUAUGCUCCAGAGCAAACUGAAGUCAUUUUUUCCGAUUAGUCUCACUAACAAAUGGCUUUCUUGUGGCCACACAGCUGUUUAGUCCAAAUCCUGUAAGUUCUCAUCACAUUUUGCGUGUGGAAAUGCUCUUACUUUCACUAUUAAACAUCGCCGUGAGUUCUCCUAUCGAUUUUUUUAUGAUGUGACAUCACCAAGCGUUUUAAAGAUCCCCGAUCAUGAUCAUUCAAGAUUUUUUUCGACUACAUUUCUGCUGUAAAGCUGAAGGUUCACCACAAUCCUUCCAGGCUUUAAUAAUGCACUGGACAUUUCUUAACCCAGUUCCAGUGAUUUCAGCAAUCUCCUUAGUUGUUUUCUUUGCUUGAUGCAGGCCAACAAUUUUCCCCGUCAGUAACAUCUUUUCCACGACCGUAAUCUGCCAUAGUUGUUUAAGAAAUGAGAAGCUACACACUGCAUCAGUUAAGGUUAAAAGAAUUGUUGCCAGCUGAAACAUAUUAAUCACUGCAGUAAUGAUCCAAUCAUAGGCUCUUAAGUAUUUGCUUAUUUAAACCCAAACAGCGACCUUUUUUUUGGCCAGGCAGUGUAUUUAUUUCUGUAAAGCUGCUUUGUGACAAGGUCCACUGUUAAAAGCGUUAUACAAAUAAAAUUAAAUUGAAUUGAGUGCUGUUCUAGCAGCAUUAACAGCCUUUAGAAAACUAAUUUAUACAGUUGAAAAUACUGACUAUUGAAAUUUUGGGUAAGCAUAACGCAUAGCCUAGGUUGGAGGCUUAUAUAUAAUAAAAUUCAUUAUUAUGAAGUGAAGUGAAGUGACUUGUGGCCAAGUAUGGUGACCCAUACUCAGAAUUUGUGCUCUGCAUUUAACCCAUCCAAGUGCGCACACACACACAGUAGUGAACAUACACCCGGAGCAGUGGGCAGCCUUUUUUUGCUGCGGCGCCCGGGGAGCAGUUGGGGGUUCGGUGCCUUGCCCAAGGGUCUCACCUCAGUCGUGGUAUUGAGGGUGGGAGAGAGCACUGGUCAUUCACUCCCCCUACCUACAAUCCCUGCCGGACCUGAGACUUGACCCCACAACCUUCAGGUUCAAAGCCCGACUCUCUAUCCAUUAGGCCAUGACUGCCUAGUCAGGAAAGAGGGUGGGAUUUUUAUGUUAGUGACUGUCAGAAAGUCACUAAGGAAUGUGUGUCAGGCGAGAUAGUAUAAAUGUGCACCAAGCUUUUUCUCACCACAGUUGUAGAAUGUAUUAAUCUAAAUUAUGAUGGAUUUUAUUCACUGAUUUAUUUAUUUUUAGAAAUUAAUGGAUGUCACUAAUAUUACAUAUUUCACACUAGAGGGACAUGUGGAUCUACAGAACUACAGAUAUGUUUAUUUUUUAAUUACUCUUACUGUGUACAUAUCAAUCAUUGUAUUUAAUACUGUUGUCAUUUUUGUCAUAUUCAUGAACAAACAUCUCCAUGAGCCCAUGUUCAUGUUCAUUGCUGCUUUGCUUUGUAAUGCUCUCUUUGGAGCGACUUCUCUUUAUCCUAAACUGCUCACUGAUUUACUGUCUGAAAAACAAAUCACUUCUUACCACGGCUGUUUAUUUCAGGCUUUAUUUGUUUAUUGGUAUGCUUCAUCAGAAUUUGCACUGUUAUCAGCUAUGGCCUAUGACAGAUAUGUGUCCAUCUGUAAACCAUUACAAUAUGCAACUAUUGUAAAAAUGUCCACUGUGAAAAAACUCAUAUUUUUAUCAUGGUUUUUGCCUUGCUGUGAACUUGGUGUAGCUUUGAUAGCAGUGUAUCAACUUCCGCUGUGUAAAUUUAAACUGAACAGAAUAUACUGUGAUAAUUACUCAAUUCUAAAAUUAAGUUGUAAAGAAACAUCUGCAAACAGCUCCUACGGGCUUUUUGUUUUCAGCAUUGCUGUGUUUCCUCCGGUGACCUUUGUAUUCUACUCAUAUAUCAGGAUACUCUCUGUGUGUUUAAAGAAUUCUAAAGAUUUCAGAAGAAAAGCUCUACAGACCUGUUUACCACAUCUUCUCAUUUUCAGCAAUUUUUCUGUCAACAUUUGUUUUGAAAUUAUAAAUAACAGACUAGAAUCAAAACAAAUUCCCCAUAUUGUUGCCAUGACCAUGUCAGUUGAAUAUUUACUCAUUCCUCCUUUAUUCAAUCCCAUAAUAUAUGGAUUAAAACUGCAGGAGAUUUUGAAAAGCAUCAAGAGAUUGAUUUCAUGGAAAAAGAGGACUGGUGUUUCUUUUUAGGUGUAGAAUGUCUUACUUUUAAUAAUAAUAAUAAUAAUUUUAAAUUAAAAAUGGCACUUCAACAAUGUAGUGGUAAUUUAAUUGAAAAUGAAUUGUUGGUAGUAGACUGAUAUUUAUGUUUUACCUGUUUGCAAUGUAAAGAGCAGAAAAAGUGAAACCUUCCUCAUUUUGACUGUAAUGCUGAAAUUUUUCGAUGUAGUCAUACAUAAUUUAGUUCUUAAUGGGAACCUCAUGCAAUAUCACAUUAAAAAUAAAAAUAUAUUGUAAAAUACAUAUUGAUUUUUAUUAACCAAAUUAGCACAGAAUUUUUAAAUCAACUUUUAUCUUUGACAGUUUGUGAAGUCUGUAAUGAAAUUCUAUAAUGAAUUCGAUAAUAGAGCAUAUUUCACAUUUAUUAUUUAAGUUCUUGCACAGAUUACAUGUUCCAUGACUAAUAUUAUUAAAAACUGUUAUUAUGCCACACUUUGGAAAAUUACAUACAAAAUGACAACAGUAUUUUUAUUGAAAAAAAUAAAUUUCGUUUUACAUGUUAAACGUGCUGCGAUGGCUUGGCACCUUGUCCAGGGUGUCCCUGGAUGGAUGGAUGUUAAACCUGUAGACUGUUAUCAAAAUAUAUUUUACUUGUUAUUUUAGCAAAUAUAUUCUGUAGUCUGUCAAAAUUUUAAAAAGUGCAUUUUAAUUGUAUAUAUUCUUUUUAAUUUAAAUAUUAUUGAAGAUUCCAUUCUGAUCUACAAAGGGUUCGAUAUGCCUGCAGGUUUACAUAUUUAGGAGUUUUCCAUAAACGUGUGUACAAAGUGUUGGUGUUGAAACAAAAUGUUGUAUAUCUAACAAUAAAAUUCCUAUUUUCUGUGCAUUUCACCACUGUGCCCAUGUAGGCCUGUUACUUUAAUUUAGACAUCAUUAAUCAGUAAAUAAGACAUCUGAUGAAUCAGGUUAUAUAUUCGAAUUUACUAAUGCAAACAGAUAUUUGUUAGUUGUCAGACUCAGUCUGAAUUUACAUGAAUUAGUGUGUUACGACCCAGUCUAAAGUCAGACCAUAACA